AUGAACUACAAGGGACCCAGGCAGGACAUGCCCCCGGCGGGCGGAUACGAGAAGGUCCACUACAGGCGUAACCUCCCCGUCCGUGGUCCCUCCGGCAUUGCCAUCUUCGCCCUCGUCGGCGCCAUCUCCGCCUUUGGAUUUUACAAGGUCGGCCAGUCCAACGCCGAGAAGCGCGAGCUCGCCCGCGAACGCGCCUGGUCGCGCAUCUACCUCGUCCCCGCCAUUCUUGCCGAGCAGGACCGCGACGCGUACCGCCGAAAUGUCGCUGCCCUCGAGCGCGAGAAGCAGAUCAUGAAGGAUGUUCCUGGAUGGGAGGCCGGAAAGAGCGUCUACAACACGAAGCACUACGUCCCGAGCACUGUCGUUGUUAUCUAG